AUGAUGCAAAACAAGGUUCAUGCUGUCUGCAGUGAAGGUCACAGUGGCGUGAACCAACUGGGAGGUGUGUUUGUCAAUGGGAGACCUUUACCUGACUCUACCAGGCAGAAGAUAGUGGAGCUGGCACACAGUGGAGCUCGACCAUGUGACAUAUCCAGAAUACUGCAGGUGUCUAACGGCUGUGUGAGUAAGAUCUUGGGCCGGUAUUACGAGACAGGUUCGAUCCGUCCUCGGGCCAUAGGAGGGAGUAAACCCAGAGUGGCCACGCCAGAGGUGGUGGGGAAGAUUGCUCAGUACAAGAGAGAGUGUCCGUCCAUCUUUGCCUGGGAGAUAAGAGACCGACUGCUGGCAGAGGGAGUCUGCACCAAUGACAACAUACCCAGUGUUUCAUCAAUAAAUCGAGUGCUCAGGAAUUUGGCCAGUGACAAGCAGCAAAUGGGCACAGUGGGAGCUGAAGGGAUGUUUGACAAACUUAAGAUGCUCAAUGUACAAACUACCUGGGGAGGACGCUCAGGGUGGUAUGCUGGGACGACACUCCCUACUACUGAGGACCAAUGUCCACAGGCAGAUGGAGGGGAGAACACUAUAUCAGUUAGCUCCAAUGGUGAGGAUUCGGAAGAGACUCAGAUGAGACUUCAGCUGAAGAGGAAAUUGCAGAGAAACAGAACAUCGUUCACGCAAGAUCAAAUAGAAGCACUGGAAAAAGAGUUUGAAAGGACUCACUAUCCAGAUGUGUUUGCCCGGGAACGCCUUGCUAACAAAAUAGACCUUCCAGAGGCAAGAAUACAGGUAUGGUUUUCCAACAGACGAGCAAAGUGGAGAAGAGAGGAGAAGCUCAGAAAUCAACGUCGUCAGGUGACCAGCUCCUCCAACCAUAUUCCCAUCAGCAGCAGCUUCAACACUAGUGUUUACCAGCCUCUACCACAACCUACGACACCAGUAUCUUUUUCACCAGGAUCCAUGUUGGGAAGGUCAGAUCCAGUUGGGUCCAAUAGCUAUAGCCUACCAGCAAUGCCCAGCUUCAGUAUGGCUGCCAGCCUGCCUAUGCAAGCAUCCAACCAGACCUCUUAUUCCUGCAUGUUGCCCACCAGCCCCACGGUAAAUGGAAGAAGUUAUGAGACGUAUACUCCUCCCCACAUGCAGCCACACAUCAGCAGCCAGUCGAUGACAUCGUCUGCAACGUCGUCAACAGGUCUGAUUUCACCUGGUGUCUCAGUUCCAGUCCAAGUUCCAGGAAGUGAAGCAGACAUGUCACAGUACUGGCCACGCCUGCAGUAA